AUGCCUCAAGCUCAGCCCGAGCUCAAGAAGUACCUCGAUAAACGGCUCUUCGUGCAGCUGAACGGAACCCGGAAGGUCAUUGGUAUUUUGAGAGGAUACGAUGUCUUUCUGAACAUCGUGCUGGAUGAUGCUGUGGAGGAGAAGGAUGGUGGGGAGAAAGUCAGGCUGGGCAUGGUGGUCAUUCGAGGAAACUCCGUUGUGAUGCUCGAGGCGUUGGAGAGAAUAGGCGGCGGACGAGAGAACCGGGAAUGA